AUGCACUCUUCAUAUUCCCCACUUUUCACUUUGGGUCUUCUAGCGGAGCGACGGGCGGGUCUCUCGUCUGCACACAGCACCGCCCUUCCGGUCGUCCCUUCAACUUCAACGGGCACAUCCUACAAGUCACAUCCUGCUGCUGCUGAUGAUCAUGCCUCCGCUUUCUAUUUCACCCUUCAAAUGGGACAAAGAGAUACCGUUGAACUUCGGUCAUUCCUCUCCCUCGACCUGGCAGACUCCAAUCGUCCGAUUGCAAGUCACAGGCGCAAGCCGUCAGUCAUGUCAAAGUCUACUAGUUGGACUUAUACAUCCGAUGUAACCUCAGUUCAUGACUUACGAAUCCAAAGACCCGCCUUUGCCCGUCUUCCACCAUUACCUUCCGCAAGCACGCUCCACCGAUCGUCCCGUGAAUCUUUAAGGCAAAUUCCUUCUCCUAAACCUGCUCCGGUAUCAUCUACCUUACCCGAGCCCCCAACUUCCCUUGAUCGCCCCCCGCGCUCCUCUCCACGAAAGCCACUUUCGUCUGCGACUAACGCAUCUUUUUCGACUCCCCUGUUAUCGCCCACUAGCCCGUCAGGCAAGGGAUCAUCCCUGUAUUCCUCGUCUAUCACAUCACAUCAAAGGCGAAAAAGUCGCAUGGACGCUCUGGCAUGUCUUGAGGGCCGCUCCCGUGCUGCUAACCGCAUCCCGAGAUCGAAUCUCAGAAAAAAUUUCAUGAGCAUGAGCGACGAUGAGGAAGAGGAAGCCAAGGCACUUUCGUCACUAGGGAACACUCCCUUCAUUCAAGUCGAGGAUUUUGGCUCCUUUGCAGAUAUCGAAGAUGAAGGAGAUGUGAUCGUCCCACCUUCCAAACAUCUUUCCCAAAAACAAGUCACUUUGCCUCGUUCAGUCUCAGUAUCGAAGCCCGCGAAGCGCCAGAGAAGAAGCACUGUCGAUACAUGGUUUCCCCUCAAAAGUUUCAUCGAUCUGAAAGACGAUGAUCUAUCAUGGAAUUGGCGGAGCUUCAUCGAGAUCGGCGGAGUCUCAUGA